AUAUUCAUGAGAGCGCGGCGGCCGGACUGGCGCUGCCGGGGCCGCGGAGCGACAAGUUGCGCGGAGGCGCCGCCGCGGCUCGGCGGGCGCGUGAGGGGCGAGGGGCGCCCGCCGGCGGCGGCGGCGAGCGAGGACUGGCCGGCCGGCGGCCGCCCGCGGAGCCGGGCGCUCGGGCGGCGGCGGGAGCCGCUGCGCUGCGCUCCGGCCGCGGCAGCGCCGCUGCCCGCUCGGGGCGGGGGGCGUCCGGCGCCGCGCCUCCGCGCCGCCUCAGCCAUCUUGACCGCGCCGCGCGGGGGCCGACGCGGAAAGUUGCUGCGCCCUCGCCGCCGCCGCGCGGGGACGGCGCCCCCCGCUCGGCCGCCCCCGCCGGGAGCAUGAGACGGCGGCUGCGGAGCCUGCCCUGAGCCGACCCCCCCCCGCGGCGCGGCGGAGGGAAGGGGCUGCCCCGCGCGGGCGGCCGAGCCCCGCGCAGCCCGGGACGGAGCGGGGCCCCGCGGCGCGGCGCGCUCGCCCUACGGCCCCCGGACGGGUAGCGGCGGCCGCGGAGCGGGGCGGGAGAGGAGCCGGCGCCGCCGCCGCCAGCCGCCGAGCAUGGAGUGGAGCUACCUGUUGGAAGUCACCUCGCUGCUCGCCGCCCUGUGCCUGCUGCAGCGCGCCGGCUGCGCCGCCGCUUCGGCCGCCGCCGCCGCCUCCUCGUCGGCCAAGGAGCUGUCGUGCCAGGAGAUCACGGUGCCGCUGUGCAAGGGCAUCGGCUACAACUACACCUACAUGCCCAACCAGUUCAACCACGACACGCAGGACGAGGCCGGGCUGGAGGUGCACCAGUUCUGGCCGCUGGUGGAGAUCCAGUGCUCCAGCGACCUGCGCUUCUUCCUCUGCAGCAUGUACACCCCCAUCUGCCUGGAGGACUACAAGAAGCCGCUGCCGCCCUGCCGCAGCGUGUGCGAGCGGGCCAAGGCCGGCUGCGCGCCGCUCAUGCGCCAGUACGGCUUCGCCUGGCCCGACAGGAUGCGCUGCGACCGGCUGCCGGAGCAGGGCAGCCCGGACACGCUGUGCAUGGACUACAACCGCACCGACCUCACCACGGCGGCGCCCGCCAAGCCCCCGCCGCGCGGCGCCCGGCCCGGCGGCCCCGCCAGGCCGCCGCCGCCCGCCCCCGCCGCCGAGGCGCCGCGCCCGCCGCCGCCGCCGCCCUGCGAGCCGGGCUGCCAGUGCCGCGCGCCCAUGGUGUCCGUGUCCAGCGAGCGGCACCCGCUCUACAACCGCGUGAAGACGGGGCAGAUCGCCAACUGCGCGCUGCCCUGCCACAACCCCUACUUCAGCCCGGACGAGCGCGCCUUCACCGCCUUCUGGAUCGGGCUCUGGUCCGUGCUCUGCUUCCUCUCCACCUUCGCCACCGUCUCCACCUUCCUCAUCGACAUGGAGCGCUUCAAGUACCCCGAGCGGCCCAUCAUCUUCCUGGCCGCCUGCUACCUCUUCGUCUCCCUCGGCUACCUGGUGCGCCUGGUGGCCGGCCACGAGAAGGUGGCCUGCAGCGGCGGUGCGGCAGCCGGCGGCGCCGGGGCCGGGGCUGCGGGGGCCGGGGGCGGCGCGGCGGGGGCGGCAGGGGGCCGCGGCGCGGCGGCCGGCGCAGCCGAGCUGCAGCCCGAGUUGGCCGUGGCCGAGCACGUGCGCUACGAGAGCACCGGCCCGGCCCUGUGCACCGUGGUCUUCCUGCUCGUCUACUUCUUCGGCAUGGCCAGCUCCAUCUGGUGGGUCAUCCUCUCCCUCACGUGGUUCCUGGCCGCCGGCAUGAAGUGGGGCAACGAGGCCAUCGCCGGCUACGCGCAGUAUUUCCACCUGGCCGCCUGGCUGCUCCCCAGCGUCAAGUCCAUCGCCGUGCUGGCGCUCAGCUCCGUGGACGGGGACCCAGUGGCGGGCAUCUGCUACGUGGGCAACCAGAGCCUGGAGAACCUGCGGGGCUUUGUGCUGGCGCCGCUGCUCAUCUACCUGGCCAUCGGCUCCAUGUUCCUGCUCGCUGGCUUCGUCUCGCUCUUUCGCAUCCGCAGCGUCAUCAAGCAGCAGGGUGGCCCCACCAAGACCCACAAGCUGGAGAAGCUGAUGAUCCGCCUGGGCCUCUUCACGGUGCUCUACACUGUGCCAGCCGCCAGCGUGGUCGCUUGCCUCUUCUAUGAGCAGCACAACCGGCCCCGCUGGGAGGCCACACACAACUGCCCGUGUCUCCGUGACCAGCAGCCUGAUCAGGCCCGCCGCCCGGACUACGCCGUCUUCAUGCUCAAGUACUUCAUGUGCCUGGUGGUGGGCAUCACCUCCGGCGUCUGGGUCUGGUCCGGCAAGACCCUUGAGUCCUGGAGGGCCCUCUGCACCCGCUGCUGCUGGGCCAGCAAAGGUGCCGCUGUGGCCGGGGGCACGGGGGCAGGCGCAGGCGGGCAGGCUGCAAUUGCUGCAGCAGGAGGACUCGGGGCCGGAGGCGGUGGCUCUCUCUACAGCGACGUCAGCACCGGCCUGACGUGGAGGUCAGGCACCGCCAGCUCCGUCUCCUACCCCAAGCAGAUGCCCCUGUCUCAAGUGUGAGGAGGGGGAAAGAGGCCAAAGGUUAGGGAAUGAGGGACACUGGCCUGCCUAAAAUGCCCCCUCACUGUUUGGUGCCAUUAAUGAACCCCUAAUGGUCCCUAUUAGCCACAGCUUGUAUAGAACAAUGCAGCUGGCAGAGGCCCCAGGCUCCGGGCCCCCUCCUCCCUCCCCGCCAUUCAUAUGCAGGGAGCAUGUACUUCAAGGAGCCAGCUUAUUAUUUUGCUGGCAGAGGAGGGUAGAGGCUCACCCGUGUCUUGCAGAGGGCAAGGCAAAGCGGCUUCUGGUUUGCUCUGGACUAACAGUAGCUCUUCCCUCGUGGGAGGGAGGCGAGAGUGCUGGGACUGCAGGUUUUUGGGAUAUUAAUGACCAGGCAAAUGCCUUAUAAUACAGACUGAAUCAAAACAUGUCUUAAUUAUACACCCCAGAUAAAUACGGGUUUCCUACAUUAAAGGAUGUAUUUAUAUAAUUAUUUGUUACUUUGUACAGAUGUGUAAAAUAUGUAUAUAUCCAAAGCUAUACAGUCUGUAAAUUUUUUUGUAAAAAAGUUUAGAGGCUACCCCUGUAAGAGCAAAUAUGAGUAUUCUAUUUUGUCAAUAAAAUGACUUUUGAUAAUUGA